AUGACGAUCGCCCUUACAAGUGCUACUGGCAAGCUCGGCGGCGCUGUGCUCAACGCCAUCCUCGAGAACAAGCUCAUCGAUCCUAAGGAGCUUGUCGUCUGCACAUCUUCCGACCCCAAAAGCUCGCGAUUCGAUAGCCUUCGCACCCGAAAUAUUACCCUACGUCAAGCCAACUUCGAUGAUUACUCCUCGCUCACGCGUGCCUACCAGGGCUGCGACAAGCUUUUUCUCUCAUCCACGCCCAGGGUCGAGAUGGAUUACAAUAACGCACCACUAUGGCAAGGCCGCGAGAAACAUCAUCGCGCUGCCAUUGACGCCGCUCUUGAGGCAGGCGUGAAGCAUAUCUACUACACAUCACUCGGCUUCGGGAACCCAAGUAAAGCAGCCGUCAUGCGCGCGCACACUCGGACGGAAGCAUAUCUGCGCGACCUGGAGAGGGAAGGCAAGGUGCAGAUAACAAUCAUCCGAGAAGGGUUAUACAACGAGAGCUGGCCGCUUUACUUUGGCUACUACUUUGGCUUGAAGGAGGAGACGAGGAAGGAAGUCGUGGUUGCGGGUGACGGUCCAGUUAGCUGGACGAGCAUCGCUGACAUGGGAUUCGGGACGGCAAAAGUACUUGCUGCGCCAAGCGAGGAGUGGAGCAGGAAGAUGUUCUAUUUGAGUCAAAAGAAGACUUGCACACUCCAAGACAUCGCGGGGAUUGUAAGCAAAAUAAGAGGUGAGCCUGUUCAGCUCAAGAUUGUAAGCAGGAAGGAGUACGAGGACUUCUAUGCGGAAAAGGGAACGGAGAGGGCAAGUGUCGAGUGGUGGAGCAGCUCCUACGAUGCGCUUAAGGACGGUGAAUGCGCCAUCGACGACCCCACGCUCGAGACACUGCUGAAAGAGGCAGGGAAGAGUCCAGAGCCGCUCGAGGCGACGAUUGAAUACAUGCUGAAGUAG